GUCGCCCUGAAGUUGUCAGCGGGGAGAGUGGCCGGGACAUGGAGAGCAGCGUCGCCGCCUCACGCAGCGCCUAGCCCGGCCCCAGGCCCAGCCCGGCCCCCAGGCCCCAGGCCCAGGCCCCAGGCUACAGGCCCAGCCGCCGCUUACAGAGGGGAGCUCCGACUGACGGCGUGUGUGGGCGCCUCUCUCUCUUUAAAUGAUGCCCCAUACUGGAGGGUGAAGAGCAAGAACAGACUCCUGGCCUCGAGACAGAUACCAAGGAUUGUUUGGGGUGAGGAAAGACGAGCUGGGGGAAGGAGCACUGAGGUCUUUGCCCAGCGGGACUGAGCGAAGCAGCAUCCAUGAAGCCCUGAGGCCCGGUAGCCGAGCCGUGGCUGCAAGGGCGGAUGCAGAUUCCUUCCGGGUUUGUAUUUUCACAAUGCAGUGGAGCCCGUGAUGGAAGAUGUCCUUCCCGGCUGUGAAUGGCUUGGACCCUGGCCACGAAGAUGACAAAGGUGCUGCAGAGGGUGUGUCGGGGGAGAGCAGGGCCGUUGCACCGUACCGUGUGAAGGAGGAGGAUGAUGGGGAGGAGGUUCGUGACCCGGCCUCCACCGUCCACACCGGCUCGUUCCCCGCUGAGUCCGACGGCUUGCUUUACAUCAGUGAAGAUGACAAAGGUGCUGCAGAGGGUGUGUCGGGGGAGAGCAGAGCCGUUGCACCGUACCGUGUGAAGGAGGAGGAUGAUGGGGAGGAGGUUCGUGACCCGGCCUCCACCGUCCACGCCGGCUCGUUCCCCGCUGAGUCCGACGGCUUGCUUUACAUCAGCGGGGACGAGCCCAGCGUGAAGCGCAAGAAGGGCCCUGCGCCGAAGAUGCUGGGUAACGAGGUGUGCAGCGUGUGUGGGGACAAGGCAUCCGGCUUCCACUACAACGUGCUGAGUUGCGAGGGCUGCAAGGGCUUCUUCCGUCGCAGCGUGAUCAAGAGCGCGCAGUACACGUGCAAGAGCAGCGGCAAGUGUGAGAUGGACGUGUACAUGCGGCGCAAGUGCCAGGAGUGCCGGCUGAGGAAGUGUCGCGAAGCUGGGAUGCGGGACCAUUGCGUCCUGUCGGAGGAGCAGAUCCGCAGCAAGAAGCAGAGGAAGCGGGAGGAGGAGCUGGUGGCCCCGGAGGUGGCGGCGGUGGAGGCUUUGCCCGAGGCGACGGACAAGGCCCGGCUCACGGCCGAGCAGGAGGAGAUGAUCCAGCAGCUGGUGGCCGCCCAGCAGCAGUGUAACAAGCGCUCCUUCAGUGACCAGCCCAAGGUCACGCCCUGGCCACAAGGCAAUGACCCCCACAACCGGGAGACACGGCAGCAGCGCUUUGCCCACUUCACCGAGCUGGCAAUCAUAUCCGUCCAAGAGAUCGUCGACUUUGCCAAACAGAUUCCGGGCUUCCUCGACCUCUCGCGAGAGGACCAGAUUGCACUAUUGAAGGCAUCCACGAUCGAGAUCAUGCUGCUGGAGACAGCGCGGCGAUACAACCACGAGACGGAAUGCAUCACCUUCCUCAAGGACUUCACCUACAGCAAGGCCGACUUCGCACGGGCAGGGUUGCAGUUUGGGUUCAUUAACCCGAUCUUCGAGUUUUCGAAGGGCAUGAGGAAGUUGCAACUGGACGAUGCGGAAUAUGCGCUGCUCAUCGCCAUCAACAUCUUCUCCGCAGACCGGCCCAACGUGGAGGACCACCAGCUGGUGGAGCGACGGCAGCAGCCCUACGUCGAGGCACUUCACUCGUACUUGCGGAUCAAGCGACCAAAGGACCACCUGAUGUUCCCCCGCAUGCUGAUGAAGCUGGUCAGCCUGCGGACACUGAGCAGCGUCCACUCUGAGCAGGUCUUUGCUCUGCGUCUCCAGGACAAGAAGCUGCCGCCUCUGCUCUCCGAGAUCUGGGACGUGCAUGAGUGACGGAGGGAGGAGUGAUGCCGCACGGCAGCCGGCCGGCCGCGGGGGGGGGUCCUGUCCCUCCCCUCCACCCACCUCCCGUUCCCCCCCCCAACCUGGAAUUGCAAAGGAGGAAGGAAAACUACAGCCUGUCUUUUUGUAAAAAAAAAACUAAAACACAAAGGGAAAAAAAAACCGCAACCGGGUCCUGACCAAUGUGGGAGAGCGGGGAUGUUGGCCGCUCGGCCGGACAGCAAAGGACGGCUAUCGGACUGUACGUGAGCGCAGGACUCUGUAUCUGGAGCAGUGGACGUCCCAGGGCGCUUGGUCUGGAGCAGUGGACAUCCCAGAGCCUGAUGACCAGGGUUGUGGACAUCCCAGAGCAUUGUGUCCAGGGCUGUGGAAGCUUCCAUCAACGCACUUACUAGAUGGAACUCCACGCUGCCCUGGCACUGGGGAAUGGCCGCUGCCACCCCUCCCCCACCCAGCGUCGGCCUCCAGCGCUGACUACCCCCUAGAGAUUUCAACAUCACUUGGGAGAUUAUUUUUGCCCAAUAAUAUAUAUAUAUCUAUCUAUAUAUAUAUGAAGUUCAAUGUUUUUUAAAAAAAUGAGCUAAUUUUCAGACCAAGAUCAAAUUCAAUCUGGAAUUGGAGCGUGAUUGUGGCAGAGACCGUGUGUGUGCGUGUGUGUGUGUGUGUGUGCGUAUGUGUGUGUGUGUGCGCGCUUGUGUGCGCGCGUGCGUGUGUGCGCGCGCGCGGUUGUGUGUGCGUGUGUGCGCCUGUACGAACAUGUACAGCCCUGUAUGAGUGUGUUGUACGAGUCUGUACACGUGUGUGUGUGUACGAGCGCCCAUGUGUACGAGUUGCACACUGUAUGUGAGCGUGUGCACAAGUGUGUAUACGCACCAGUAUGUGAGCGUGUGCACAAGUGUGUGAGCAUGUGCACAAGUGUGUGUGAGCAUGUGCACAAGUAUGUGUGAGCGUGUGCACAAGUAUGUGUGAGCGUGUGCACAAGUAUGUGUGAGCGUGUGCAGAAGUGUGAGCAUGUGCACAAGUAUGUGUGAGCGUGUGCACCAGUGAGUGUGAGCACAUACACGUGUUGUGUGCGGCCUUCUGCUAGGUGAAGGGAAUAGAUGUAAAAUGGCCAAUGUAUAACAGAGAGAGAGAGAGACCUAUUUAGUUUUAUAACAAAGGCAAGCACUACACCCCGUCUCUAGGACUGACGACUGAAGCAUUGAUGUGUCCGUGCCCAUCCCACACGCUCGAACAAACGACAACUUCUCUCUGUGAAACGUCACCUAUCCAUGUUCUCCACAGAUGCUGCCUGACCCGCUGAGUUACUCCAGCACUCUGUGAAACGUCACCUAUCCAUGUUCUCCACAGAUGCUGCCUGACCCGCUGAGUUACUCCAGCACUCUGUGUCUAUGUUUGGGGCCAGGUACAAUUAGGGCUCAUCUCUUCAGGCAACCCCCCUCCCCCAGGGGACUGGCAAAGGUACACCCAGAGCACCAAGAACACCACCAUUGACUCAGACCCCUCCCUUGUCCACUCCCAUUGAAGCAAGACUGGAAUCUGGUGAUGUUCUCUCCGUGCUAAGAGCAGCACAGUGCCGCAGCUGGUAGAGUCAUUGCCUCCCAGAGCUGGAGACCCGGGUUCCCAUCCUGACCUCAGGUGGAGUUUGCACGUUCUCCCUGUGGCCGCGUGGGUUUCCUCUGGGUGCUCGGGUCUCCUCCCACAUCCCAAAGCCGUGCAGGUUUUCGUAGGUUAAUCGCCCCCCUCAGUAAAUUGCUGCUAAUGUGUAGGGAGUGGAUGCUGAUGUGGGAUAACAUAGGGCUAGUGCGAAGGGGUGAUCGAUGGUCGGCAUGGACUCAGUGGGCCGAAGGGCCUGUUUCCAUCUAACCGCCAGAGGCAACAGCACGGUUCAGUUGCUUGCAGCGUGAAGCGACAGAGAUGAGGGGGUGUGAUUCGGACAUGUUUGUGUUGGUGAUGUGGUGGAUUUUGUGGGAGGUGGGUGCGGUGUGAACAAGUAGACCUGGCAGGGCAGGCUGGAGAACCGGCCCUCAGGUCUCGGUUAAUACUGUACUCACACACUGCAUCUGUUUGCCUUGACAAGGACAGUAAAGUUGAAGGCUCACUGUUUUCCUUUACAGCGUACCAUUUGGGAAAGCACUUUAGAAUGAAUAAAACGAUCACAAGUUUUAACAACU